AAAGCGUUAGUGUAGCGCCAACUCGCGUCCAUAAUGGAAGAGGAAUUACGGUGUGCAGUGUGUGCUAAUUUCUUCACAGAGCCUGUGCUUCUACCAUGUUUACACGCGUUAUGUUUGAAGUGUGCGUGUGGCCUCCAGCGCGGAGUCCAGGCCCUGCUGGCAGAGCCCGUCGUCAGCCAGCAGGGUGGUCCUCCAGGGCACGAUCCAGAUCCGCCUGACGGAGGCGCUGACAGUGACAAAGCUUCCGUUUACAGUGAGACUGACAGUGGGGUUGUCGUGGCAUCGCGGCCCACUUCUUAUGUCAGUAGUCCGGAAAAUACAGUGACUAACGCUGAAGGAGGCUCUGAAGGGCAGCAACAGCAAGGGGCAGGAGGAGGGGGAAGUGGAGGAGGAGGAGGAGGAAGCAGUGGAAGUGGUCAGCAGCAGCAGCAAGGUGUGAGAUGCCCUGUGUGCCUGAAGGUAUCCGCCUUGGGCCCUGGGGCAGCGGCAGAUCUGCCCCGAUAUACGGCCAUGGCACGAAUCAUUGCUAGGCAUCGAGGUGACCCUGGCACUGCAGACCCACCGCCACCCCCUCCCACGGCGACAGGAGGCACGCCCGCAACCCUCCCACCUUGUCAGUUGUGCGAGGGGCCACCCCGCCCUGCAACCACAGAGUGUCAGCAAUGUCAGGUGCUUUACUGUGGUCCCUGCCUCACUUCUUGCCACCCUCCCAGAGGUCCUUUGGCCACCCAUACCUUGGGGCCCGUCACGCCUCUGGGGGGAGUCUACCCAGGGGCAGCAGAAGUCUGCGCCGCCCACGGCGAACGCCCGUCUCUCUACUGCCUGGUUUGUCGGUGGUCAGGGUGCCGAGAGUGUGGGCCCAGUCACUCUCAACACGACCUCCAGCCACUGGACAAUCUGGCUAAAACGCACAAGGCGGAGUUAUCGGAGUCCCUCCAGCAACUAUCUGGGAGAGCCAAAGCCACCCACGCCCAUAUCACCAACCUCAAAACCUUUCAAGACAGAGUCAACGCCCAUUGUGAUACUUUGGCCGCGGAGGUGGAGAGACAGUGCGCGGAGCUUCUGGAGGCUGUACAUACUGCCCGCACGAGACUUUUGGCUCAACUAGCAGCUGAAAGAGAAGCCACAACCAAGAUCUACAGGGACCAAGCCUCGGGAUGCACGCGACGCCUCCACCAGACCACCGCCCUCGUCCAGUUCUGCAUUGAAGCCAUUAAGGAGCCGGACCCCGCAGCGUUCAUGCAGAUGGGUCCUCAGCUGAUCGGCAGAGUGAGCGACCUUGACUUGACGUGGGACAAGGAGUUGACCUCGUCCUCCACGCGUCUGAGUCCUUACAUCGAUUUGGACGUUGAUCACAAGAGUGUAUUGAGAGCAAUCAAUACAUUCAACUUCGUUCAGAUGAAACCGUGCUUGGAUGGAGAAGAGCGGAGACCAGCAGCUCCGGGACCUCCCGAGUUCCUGGCUGAAGAAUGCGUGGGUGAAAACAAUAGCGUGACGGCUACGUGGUCCCCGCACCCCACUUCCAGGGUGGCUGGAUACAUCCUAGAGAUAGAUGAUGGCGAUGGAGAUUUCAAGGAAGUUCACAGAGGUCCUGAGACUCUGUGUACAGUAGAGGGUCUCCACUUCAACACCGUCUAUCACUUGAGAGUCAAGGCCUACAAUAUCUCCGGAGUGUCACCCUACUCAUCACCCGUUUCCAUCAGAACGUCUGCUACUGCCUGGUUUUCCCUCGACCGAACUUUAUCUCACCCCGAGUGCCGUCUGGUGGGGGACGGUGCCGGCGUCACCUGUGAGAGCUACGAGCACAGAGUGGCCCUGGCUUCUGUUGGGUUUUCCAGAGGGCGACACUACUGGCAGUUCACCGUUGACUCCUACGACGCCAACGCCGAUGUCGUCUUCGGAGUCGCCAGGAUUAAUGUGGACAAGGAAGGGAUGCUCGGUAAUGACGUACAUGGUUGGGCCAUGUAUAUUGAUCAUCAGCGAUCCUGGUUCCUCCACGGGGCAGCCCACCACGGGCGUUGCGACGGGGGCGUGGGUGUUGGGUCUACAGUGGGUGUGCUACUUGACCUCAACCACAGAACACUGACAUUUUACGUUAAUGAUGAACAGCAGGGAGACGUAGCCUUCACAGACCUGGACGGCCUCUUCUACCCAGCCGUCAGCGUUAACAGAAACGUAACGGUCACCUUGCACACUUCCCUCGAUCCGCCGCACUCCGACUACGACAGUCAGUCGGACACAUGAGACAUACAGGGUGCCACCAAACUUUAGAUUUGAGUGGCCAUUGAAGUAUGCCGGAGAAAGACGACGACGACGAGAGAGAGAGAGAAACCUUGAAAGGAGAGGGGGAGAGAAAAAAAAGGUCGGGGAGGAGUAAAUGGAACGAUCGAGUGAAAGAGAUGUGUUAAAGAUUUUGAAGCAAAAAUCGAGGGGAGCUUUUGAGUUUCGUGCGAGAUUCGAAAGAAGAAGAGAUGUCUCUUUUGUCUCGCUACCCGCUGUACAUGUUACGUGUUUUGCUGUCUUUAAGCAUCAGAUUGACGUUGAAUUUUGAAGGUUAUGAUACAAAGUGGCUAAGCGUUAAGGAAUACUUCAAUGAAGCCUCAACCUCAAAAUCUACAAUAAAUGCACUGACAAUUAACCGGUUAGAAAAUAAUAAUUUUACGUCAGUUGUAAUAGUGUGGACAUUUUUUUGUAUGAAAGACAAGUAUAUUCAGUUACAGAAUAUCAGAACGAAGAGCAAAACUUACUGAACGCUGGAUUCCUACGUAUAAAAUAGGAAUGAAAAACAGUUUCGUGUAUUGUAAAAAUGGAAAAAAAGAAAAAGAAAAAAACCUCUAGGAUACAAAGGAAAACAUAUUCCAUCUGUGACACAAAAGAAAAAGCUUUGAAUAUGGGAACCAGAAAUAGAGCAAAGUUAGUGUAAAAUCUGAUAAGAAACGAGCUAAAUAUAUCACAUAAAAAUGGUGACAAAAUCUGUUAGAAAAAACCUAGAAAACAUGCAAUCGAUGUCAGAGAUAUUACAUGAUAUAUAUAUGAAUAUAUAUAUAUAUAUAUAUAUAUAUAUAUAUAUAUAUAUAUAUAUAUAUAUAUAUAUAUAUAUAAUGCUCAGAAAUUCUGCGGUGCUAAAAAUAUUUUCGAAUGUCAUGGACAACAAACAGAAAAGAAAGAAACAAGAAACACUGGCCCAGAUUAUAAGCCAGAUCGAAAGAACUAAAGAAAUAAAUCAACGAUGGAUGGAAAACAAAAAACCGAAGUGCAGUUAGGAAUAAAUAAAAAAAUUGGGGACCUGUCUGGAAUCCUUUCAAUUUAUUCAGGAAAUACUUUUCACAACUUUUUUUUUCUACACGUAGAAGGAGUAUUGGCUCAGACGAGUUCCACUUGAAGAAUCCGAAUUUAUUUCUUUUAAUAACUCAGUAUUUUCUUUUUACCAUAAAGAACCUCAACGUUCUUUAUGACUGCUGGACUUGAAGUCCGGGUCCAGGAAGAAGAAGAAGAAGAAGAAGAAAAAAAAAGAACUUCGUCCGUUGUAUUUUGCUUCCAAGUGUGGCGGAGUCCGGAUAAAACGAACUUUCGCUGUAUAACCAUAUCCGUCACAUCACUGAAAAUGCCACUAAUAUUACGGCCAGUGGACAGGGUUUGGAAACAUCUACAGCUUUCGCACAGGGAGAGAGAUAUUGUGCCGACUUUGAUGUACUAUUAGGAUAGAGAGAGAGAGAGAGAGAGAGAGAGAGAGAGAUUCGACUCUGAAAUACUAAUAAGAGAGGGUCUGAUAAUUCAUCACCUCAGAGGGAUAGUGAUAAUAGGAAAAGAGAGAUAAAGUCAAGGUGAAGUUCAUCACUAGAGAGAGAGAGAGAGAGAGAGAGAGAGAGAGAGAGAGAGAACCGACCGUUGAUAACUAACACCAAUUUCCGUAACUUGUCUUAGCGCUUUGCUUGUCAAACGUAGCGUAGUUUACAUCAACAGCUAUAAAUGAAAUUUUAUUAAUGUAACGAAAGCAAAUUCUGUUUGAUUAUUAUUUUUGUUACAGUUACCUAGUGAUUCAACAUGGCUUUAGAGAAUAUAACAGUGGCAAAGACAUGAACAGUUUAUUUUAUAUUGUAUAGAAAUUUCUUUUAACGAUGUCAAUUUUUCGCUGUUCAUAACCGCUUGCAUUCAAGAACUGGUGAGUUCGUGGACGUCAGUGUACUAUAAUAUCAUGUGUGUCAGUGGUGGUCCAAAACCAUCACACCCUUUUUCAUCAAAGUGUGUCCAUUGAAGUUUUAGUUUCCGAGCGAGGCAUUGAGAGGCCAUCGUCAUCUUAUUAUUUUUUUUUUCUAUUUUUUUUUUGGUGUUCGACAUUAGGACGGUGAAAUCUAUGUCUAAUGGGAAGGAUUGAAAGUGAAUGAAAAAUCUAUUUUGAAAGUGCGAUUUUUCCAAUCGGAAUGACCUGAAUCCUUGCUCAUCAUGUUGAAGGAAGAAUGACUAUUCAAUUUUUUAUAUUGGAUUUGCUGAUGGUGGGCGAUUACAAAAUCAUGCGUGAUCAACAAAAAUUCAUCAGUGAUGGGUGAUUAUCAUCAAAUGGCAAAUAACACAUCGUUUCUUUUUUUAAAGUGUUAACCGUUAGAGCCAUGCCAUGAUUAAUCCGACCAUUUCUUGCUGAGUAUAUCUGAGAGUGAUAACCAUAAGUUCUUUUGAAAAAUUACUUUAAUGUUAGUGUAGGAUUCAGCUAAUGAUUUUUUUAAAAUGCAGAAAUGCUAUAUGACGAUUUUUAUUUUUUUCCACUUUUUGGUCCUACCAUGCAGUUAAGAGUUCCUUAGCAAUGUAAAGAAAUGGGUGUUUGCUUUUGAUUUCUAUGUUAUACUAUAUGUAGAUAUAUAUAUAUAUAUAUAAAUGUGCAUGCUAUGUAUAAACACAUAUAAAUACCUACGUAUGUGUUUAUGCAUAGAUCUCAUUGAGAUACUAAUCAUUUCCAUCUUCAAUUUUUUACAUUGCAUCUGUUUAGCACUGAUGUUGCAGCAAUGGACAACUAUACUGUGUAUAGUUUAGGCUUCUUUAGCUUCUAAGGUCAUCAGAUUUUGAAUUCGAGGAUUUCAUUUGUUUUUCUGCCACACUGUACAUAACAUAAACACAUCAUUAUUAUUACUUUAAUAUGAUCACAAGGCACAUAGACUUCAGCCCAAAUUGUGGGUCCCUCCUUUGGUAAGAGAAGAAGGCGAAGAAGAAAAAGAACAAGAAAAAAGAAGAAGAAGAAGAAAAUGUGAUUUAUGAGAUAAUGUCACCAAAACUGACAACCGGAUUUCAUGUUACAGACCUCUAGAUGUUGUUUUUUUCUUUGUUACCUUUUUAAGUAGUUAAUUUCUUUUUUUUUUCACAUGACGAUUUCCGAAUUCAUCUACCUCUCAGCGUCUCCCGUUCCUGUUCUUCUAACUCUUUUCACUUAAAAUAAAUCUCAUAAAUCGAAAUGGAAUUAAAUGCUGUAUUAGGAUUUGGCUUAUUUUCGCUUCAAAACAGAUAAAUAUCUUAGAUUUCUUUUAUACACUAUUGAUUCUUCUUCAUAGCCACGCAUAAUAAUUACUAUUUACGUAGUCAUCGUCAUUAGCACCUUAACGUUAGUCAUUACCAUCGGAUUUUCCUCCCUAAUUGCGAAUGAAUGGAUGAAUAAUAACACCUCACCUUCCAUUUUCCUUCAUUCUCCAUUAGGGAGGAAGGCGGUACACCAAGCGACGUUAUAACGUUAGAUUAUUUCACUCUCGACUAUAAGGAUUUUGUACUUUUAUAAGAAAAAAAUGUCUUACAUUGUUGGUCGAAUGAGAUAUUUCUUCAUUCUGCGUCUCCUCUAUAUCUUGCAUUUCUCUAACUAUGAACUUAGUGAAUCUUUAAGUCUGUCUACUGAAUUCUGAAUCCGGACAUGAAUUUCAACUUUAGAUUUUACUUUUUACUUUAUUUAGAGAUAUUUACAUUUUCCAGUGUCUAUAUCAGCUUGUCUUGCAGUUGUUAGGUCCACGAAAUUUAUUUAUUUCCGAUAUCUUUAAUGAUUGUAACUAUCUUUACAUUAAUUUCAGUUUUAUUUUUAGAAUUUUUCCUAUACUAAUUUUUCAUCAUGAAGGAGAGAAGCAUUGAAUUUCUAUGGCUAGUAGAAGGUAAAGUCAAUAUUUGAAUCACAUGAUAACUAUUUUUUUUGCUGUUCAUUAUGUUGGAGGAUCUGAAUCCUCGUGAAAAUAAUUCACUUAAAGCUAAACCUCACUUUUAUUCUCGUCCAAGUCUUUGGUCAUCUUAUAAGUACCGCUAAUGGAAUCUCCUGUAUCAGUUACGUUUUAUUUAUUUUAUUUUUGUAAAGAGGGGGUAAAUAUUUGUAUUUCUUUUUUAUUUUUUCCAUACUACAGUUUUUAAUAAAGUCCCCUUUAUUAUCUGUAAAAGCUUAAAAUUUAAGUGAAUACAGAAACUUUUACUUUGAUAAAAUGACCUAUUUAAAUUGCCUACGGACGCGUUGAAAGUAAGGUAUAUAUGUAAAUACUAACAAAAACAAGAUAACAAUUAAUGUAAACUUUAUUCUCACAAGAACUACAUUUUCGCUGUUUAUCAAACUUUGUUAAAUUUUACAGAAACUUCAUUCAUACUGUUACUGAACCACUUUUUAUUCUAUUCAGACGAACAUUUUCUCAUUAACCACUUAUGCACAAUCAGCAUCAAUGCCACCAUUCACAUCACGAAUACUAUAGCAAACGCUCUUUGUCCAUUAGUUCCUUCAUUUUACUUCUUUCCUCUCUUAAUAGGGAAUGUGUUUUCACGUGUUUCCUUCCUUAUUUAUAAAGACCUGAAGGCAAAGAAAGAGCUGUUAAUGGAUGUAAUUAGAUUUGUCUUGUGUGAAAAGAUGAUAUUCUGUUAUCUUUUUCCACUAUUGCAUUACACCUUUAAGAAUUCAUUGUUUGAUGAAGGUUACUGAAACGGGUAUGCUAGCAUUAAAACGAAAAUCAGAGAGAGAGAGAGAGAGAGAGAGAGAGAGAGAGUCAGUAAAGAUCAGGAAGGUAAGAAAUAAUAAAAAAAUGUGAAGCGUGAAAGGAAUCCAUACUGGCCACCAAAAGUUUAAUCAUAUAAGCGACUGUUAUUUACUAUACGGCAGUAUAUGCAGUGAAGGACUAUAUGAUUCUCAGCCAGGCACCCCGAAUCGGUUUCUUGCAGGUCAUCUGAAAGAAUUCCAAGGACAAACUGAAAGACCCCAUAAUACGGACAGCAGAACUGACUAAAUGACAGUAAAAUAAAAAAGAAAGAGGCUGACCGAAUGACAGUAGAAAAAAAGACUGACAAAGUGACAACUGAAAAGAAAAAUUAUAUCAAUCCUGUAUGAAGAUAAAAUGUAAUUUCUAAUUUUUUGGAUUAAAUGUUUUUGCAUGAGACUGACUGACAGGAUAAUUUUCCAGACAAACAGACCGAAGGACAUUCACAAUGAACAAACAGCAAAAAAUGAAUAAACAGACGCAUAAGUAAAACGUACACAGAAACAUUAAUUCCAUGUGUUGCCUAGAACACAUUCAGAAUAAACAACUUUUACUAAGACUGACAGACAAAGACUGAAGAGAGCAACUGAAAGACCUUUAAAAAUACACGAUGAAAGACUGUUAGUGGCCGGGGUUCUUUUUCACAGAGUUAGCUAAACUAAUUCAGACAUGUAGGGUGCUGGACAUUCAAAAUUACUAACAAAAUGAUCUUCAGACAUAAGGAAAAAGAUUUUAUUCACCUUGAGAACCACAAAGGGGCUAAAAGAAAAAAAAAACUUUCAGGAUAUAAAGUGGAACUUCUAAUGAAUGAUCUGCAAACACACGAACAAAAGACUUUCAGGAAUAUUAAAAGACGUACGAUCAAAUGGACCUUUAAGUCAAUGAACAUAAAGACCCUCAGGAAUGUUAAUGGACCUUCUAAACCACCGACCAAAUGACCUUCUGACAUGGAAACCAUGAGACUAAAGAAUAUCAAAUAGCCUUUCUAAUGA